AUGUGGGAACAGCGAGCGGACGCCUGCUCCCUCCGCUCCUUUCUGUUCAUCCUCGCCGCUCAGCUGUCGCUGUCCGCCAACGGAGACCUGCGCCCGUGCAACGGGACAGACUACUCGUAUGAAUACACCGAAUGUGACAGCACAGGGUCACGUUGGAGAGUCGCCAUCCCUCACAGCCAGGGUUCCUGCACAGACCUGCCCCCUCCAGUCAGAGGAACAGACUGCUCUUUCUCAUGUCCGGCGGGCAAGUUUCUAGAAAUGUCCACGCAGCAGUGCACGCCAUGUGCCGCGGGCUCCUAUUCGUUGGGGAGCGGUGUCCGUUUCGACCAGUGGGACACCACCCCUGCAGGCUUCAUCAGUAUGGCCAGCUACAUGGACCCAGGGCCCGCGGGAGAGGACAGCCAGGCCUGCAAUAGCUCAUCGUGGACGCCGCAGGGUGUGUACCUGGAGUCCAACCGUGACGAGUGUACCGUUUCUCUGGUCUACGUUGUUCGCCUGGAGAAACAGGGCUUGGUCUCCUUCACCUACCAGUACCCCGACAACAACAUCUUCUUUGAGUUUUAUGUCCAGAAUGAACAGUGUCAGGAGAUGGCCCAGGCCGACGACCAGAAGUGGAUAAAAAUCACCAGUGAUGGGGAAUGGGACACCCAUAAGGUGAAUCUAAAGUCUGGGACGAACAUCUUGUAUUGGAGAACCACUGGCAUACUGGUCGGAGGAAAGAUGGUCAAACCAGUUCUUCUCCGGAACAUCCAGAUAGAGGGCGUAGCCUACACGUCAGAGUGCUUCCCGUGCAGGCCCGGGUGGUUCAGCCCUUCUCCCAGCUCCUCAUCCUGCCAGCCCUGCCCAAGAAAUACCUCCUCCAGGAAAGGGUCCUCCUCUUGUACUCCCUGCCCAGAAAACCACUACUCCCAUGAAGGAUGGGCAGAAUGUAAAGUAAGACCCCUGUGCUCAGAAAAGGAUUACUUCCAGAUCCACAUAGCCUGCGACAGCGAGGGGAUGACACAAGCGUUGUAUCGGUGGGUGGAGCCAAAGAUCUGUGUGGAAAAUGUUACCGGGGCGGUGGCGCUGCCCCCCAGCGGUGAGAGACAGCCCUGCCCCCCCUGCAACCCCGGCUACUACAGCACCGACGACUACACCUGCCUGCCCUGCCGGCCUGGAACACACUCUGACGGCAUCUCGGCCUGUGCAGAGUGCCCUGCAGGUACAGAGCCGGUGUUAGGUUACGAAUACAAAUGGUGGAACACCAUGCCCUCCAACAUGAAGACUGCGUGUUUCAACGUGGGCAACUCCAAAUGCAACGAAAUGAACGGGUGGGAGGUAGCAGGCGACCAUAUCCGCAGUGGAGCUGGUUUCUCUGACAGCGACUAUCUUAUCCUAAACUUACACGUUCCUGGCUUCAAGGUGCCAACCUCGCUUUCAGGGAUGACCAGCAAUGAGUUUGGCCGGAUCACCUUUGUUUUUGAGACCAACUGCUCAGCCGACUGUGAGCUCUACUUCAUGAUGGAUGUCAAUAGGAAGAGCACCAUAGUGGUGGAGUCCUGGCAAGGCAGUAAGGAGAAACAGUCUUACACACACAUCAUGACCAGGAAUGCCUCCGUCUCCUAUACAUGGGCCUUCCAGAGAACUAACCAAGCUCUGAAUGUGCGGCAUUAUGUGAGCGACAUGGUUAAGUUGUACUCGAUCAGUGUGACCAACGUCCUGGGUGGGGUGGCCUCGGCGUGUCGGGCCUGUGCUCUGGUGUCCCAGAGUUCCCAGCAGGCUGGCUCCUCCUGUGUCCCCUGUCCCGCUGGCUUCUACAUUGACAGAGAUACCAACUGGUGCCAGGAGUGCCCACCAAACACACACCUAGCGGGUCGCCACACCUAUGGACAGGACGCAUGCUUACCGUGUGGGCCGGGCAGUCGGAGCAACAAGGAUCACUCCCGUUGCUACAGCGACUGCUCCUUCACCCACACGGAUAACAACCGCACGCUGACCUUUGACCUCACCGCUCUGAGCAGUGUGGCCUCGCUGACGAAUGGGCCCAGCUUCACCUCCAAGGGCACCAAGUACCUUCACCUCUUCAACAUCAGCCUCUGUGGCCACGAGGGCAAGAGGGCAGCUAUCUGCGCAGACAACAUCACCGACCUUUCCAACAAGGACAACCAGAGUGACCAGACCCAGUUUGUCAACUCGGUGGACAGCUUCAUCUGUCAGUCCACCAUCAUCCCCGCGGAUGGACGGGGUUUCAGGACGGCCCUCUCAUCUCAGUCCAUCAGCAUCGCAGACACGUUCCUCGGAGCGACUGUGGACAGCAUCCUGGAUGGGAUAAAUGCCAAAGCGGAGCUGUUCCCUGAGAAAUCCAAGGACGUUCCAGACAUCAACUUCUUCUACAGAUCCACUCAGGCCACAGCGUCGUGCGAUCAGGGCCGGAGUUCAGUCAUCACCCUCCGCUGCGACCCAGAGAAGUCCGAACACGGCCAACUCUCCGUUCCCAGCUCCUGUCCUGCAGGAACCUGUGAUGGAUGCACUUUUCAUUUCCUGUGGGAGAGUGCGAGUGCCUGCCCACGCUGCACAGAGGAAGACUACCACCAGAUAGAGGGUGCUUGUAAGGGAGGCGUUCAGGAAAUCCUCUAUAUGUGGAGCGAAUCAAAGCUGUGUACAAAAGGGGUGUCGCUGCCGACGAGAAGCUCGUCUCCGUGUGAAGCCAUCGCCCUGUGGCUGAAGGUCGGCGUUGGUGGCGGGGCCUUCAUGGCUGUGCUGCUCAUCUCGCUCACCUGCUAUUUCUGGAAGAAAAACAAGAGGCUUGAAUACAAAUACUCGCGGUUGGUGAUGUCUGCCAAUAAGGAGUGUGACCUUCCAGCGGCUGACAGCUGUGCCCUGGUCGAGGGAGAGGAGCCUGAAGACGAUGUGGUCUAUGCCCAGAAACCCUCCCUGCUGGGGAAGCUCAGGGCAAUCGCCAACAAGCAGGAGAAAGGAGCAAGCAGUGAGUCUGUGCAGUUGAAGUCGUCUCAGUCAGAGCGGUGGGUCUGGGGAUAA